AUGUCCGGCCGUUUUGUGCGUUCAUCCAAGUACCGCCACGUCUUCGGGCGCUCGACGCGAAAGGAGCAAUGCUAUGAUAACCUUCGAAUCUCCCGAAAUGCCUGGGAUACCAACUUAAUCAAGGUCAAUCCGAAGCAUCUCGCUGUCAAUUGGGAAGCUGGUGGUGGUGGAGCUUUCGCUGUCAUUCCCCUCGAGGAACGGGGCAAACUCCCAGAUCGCAUCCCUCUAUUCCGAGGUCAUACCGCAGUAGUCCUCGACACCGACUGGAACCCUUUCGACGAUGAUUUGAUCGCUUCCUGUUCCGAUGACGGCAAGGUCUUCCUCUGGCGGGUCCCAGAGAACUUCACUGUCCGCCCCGAUGCCGACGCCGAUGACAUCCAGGACAUUGCGCCUGUUGGCAAGCUCAGCGGUCACCCCAAGAAAAUCGGCCACGUGCUCUUCAACCCCGCGGCGGAAAACGUGCUGGCAACGGCCUCGGGCGAUUACACUGUGAAGAUUUGGGAUAUUGAGGCGGGUCAACCGAAGCUGACCCUGAACAUUGGCGACAUUGUGCAGUCCCAGUCGUGGAGUGCCAACGGCUCUCUUCUCGUUACCACCUCUCGCGACAAGAAGCUCCGUAUCUGGGAUGUUCGUCAGGAGCGCCCGGCACACGAGGGUGCUGGACACUCAGGCGCCAAGAACAGUCGUUCCGUUUGGCUGGGAGAGCGCGACCGGAUCGCGACCACCGGUUUCUCCAAGAUGAGUGAUCGCCAACUGGCCCUGUGGGAUAUCCGUGCGGCCCGAGAGCCCAUCAACGGCUUUAAGACCCUGGACUCCAUCUCCGGUGUAUCCAUGCCUUUCUGGGAUGAUGGCACUAACUGCCUGUACCUGGCUGGACGCGGUGAUGGAAACAUUCGCUACUUUGAGCUUGAAAACGACAAGUUCGAGUUCCUUUCUGAGUACAAGUCCGCCGAUCCUCAGCGUGGCGUUGCCUUCAUGCCUAAGCGUGGUGUGAACAUGCACGAGAAUGAGGUCACUCGCGCAUUCAAGACUGUUAAUGAUGGCUAUAUCGAGCCUGUCUCCUUCAUCGUCCCUCGUCGCUCUGAGAACUUCCAGGACGACAUCUACCCACCCACCUUCGGCCUCACCCCGGCUAUGGGCCCGUCAGACUGGCUUUCUGGCAAGGAGGCCAUUCCUCCCAAGAUCUCCAUGGCCAAUCUGUUUGACGGAAACGGCUUGAAGGAGAUUUCCCCUGUGCAGGAGAAGCCAACCGGCACUAUGGAUGCUCCCGCGCCCAAGGUUGCCGAGCCUGAGAUCAAGCAGCCCGAGCCCAUGGCACCCAAGACUGCUCCCGAGCCUACUCCCGAGCCUACCCCAGAACCCACCCGUGUGACCCGUCCCGCUCCAUCUAUGAAGGAGCAGGGUGCCUCCAUGGCUGCUAUGGUCAACAAGUUUGCCGAUGAUGAAGAGACCGCUCCCGUCGAAGAGGAUGACUCCAGCUUCGAGGAGGUUUCUAAACCAGUUGAGCGUACUGCUCGCUCCCCCGUUGCCGAGUCAUCUUCGCCACGGGUCAGCAGCCCAUUGCGUCCCAAGGAGAUUGAGACUAAGCCCCAGCCUGUUCCUUCCGUCCAAGUCACCCCCGUUGCCUCGUCGCCCGCCAGUGAGAGCAGCGUGUCCACUACUACUGUUUCCAAGGAGAUCGAAGAGAUUAAAAACUUGAUUGCUGAGCAGACCAAAACCAUUGCCGAACAGGCCCAGCAGGUGCAGACACUGACUGCAGAGAUUGAGGCGCUGAAGACCAAGCUGAACUAA